CUACCUUGGGAACAUCAAGUAAUAUAAUUCAAAGUGUAAUUUCUACUUUUGAAAAUCAGAGGAAUGAAGAUAGUUUUUUUAAGCUUUGGGAACAAAUUAUGGAAUUCGCACAGUUAAACCAAAUAACAUUGGAAUUAUCAAACUCUGGAACAAAAUCUAAACGUAAACGCCAAGAGCCACAUCACUUACAGAGCUAUAAUCUUGAGACCUUAACUGGACAACAAAGUGAGUCGGAAUGUAGAACAAUUGACAAUGAGCAUUGGAAAAUCAUUUAUUUUCAAAUAAUUGAUUCUGUUAUUGUCAAUUUAAAGUACCGUUUUUCAGAUGAAAGUUUAGUUUUAGCUAACUCAUUAGACAAAUUUAUGAAAAUGAAUUUUGAAAAAGGUUCAUAUUUCAUUAAUCAUUACAAGGUUAGUUAAUGUAAUAUAGAUUAAUUCUGUAAAUAAAAUAAUCACGUGAGGGUGAUAUAAUUUUUAGG